GCGGCUGCACGGUGCAGUCUCUCUGCGCCAGGCUGCCUGCGCGCACGCAGCUCGAACACCCCUUACAAGCCGGCACCGGCCUGCAUUCGACCCCCCGAACUAUGCCAUUCGCUCGCGUCCGAUCGAUAACUCUACAAGUUUUCGCGAUCGUCCACUACUUAAGUCGGUUCGGAGACCGUUAUUAGGAAACGGUCGCGACCGACGGAGCUUUGCGUGCGUGUCGUUUCCGCUCGGUUAAUUUUGUUUCUAGGGGGUUGUAGUAUCUGUCUGUCGCCUAGAGUUCGGUAGCGAUGGCAGCGGCGGUCGCUGCGACAGUCUCGGACGGGCAGGCGGGCGCCACUGACCCCGCCGUCGAAGAAGGCGCUAUGAAAGGAGUCGAGGCGACACCGGAAGAGCAGGAACGGUUAGCGACCGGAAAUAACAAUGGCUCUUUGGUGUGCAAGCUGCCCGAGCCGGAGGAGCCGGACUCGUGCGCCGCAUUUCACUCUACGCGCAUCUUUAUGCUGGUAUUUCUCUCGGGUUGGGUGCUGCAGGGAAUGUUCCUCACUUAUUUCGUGAGCGUAACGACGACCAUAGAGAAGCUGUUUAAAGUAGAAUCGAAGACAACGGGCACGUUGCUGGCAGCGACGGAGAUCGGUCAGAUAUGUACGGCGUUGUUUCUGACAUACCUAGCGGGGCGGGGGCACCGGCCGCGCUGGAUCGCCUGCAUGAUGCUGGUACUUGCGGUGGGUGUCAUCGGUUGCAUGAUGCCACAUAUGGCCUACGGCACCGAGCUGCUCGAGGUGCACCUCGACUCUCACACUGCCGGGGCAGGUCCAAUCUGCGCGCUCGACAAAAAUUCCUCACUCAUCAAAUGUGACGACGCCCAAGUUCAAAGCACCAAAACACGAUCUUCGAUCACGGCAGUCGUUAUACCGUGGCUAUUCAUCUGUUUGCUCGUGGUGGGCGUCGGACAAACCGGAAUCGCCACCCUGGGCAUACCAUACGUCGACGAUAACGUGGGGAGUAGACAGUCGCCACUAUACAUGGCGAUUACCAUUGGCAUCAGAGUGAUUGGCCCCGCUCUAGGCUUCAUGCUGGGCGCUCUCUGUACCAGGGUGUACGUGGACCCAUUAGCAGACCCAGGAUAUGAUAACACCGACCCACGAUGGGUUGGCGCUUGGUGGCUAGGGAUGGUGGUGAUAGCUGGCUUCGUGGUGAUCCUGUCGAUCCUGAUGUUCUUCUUCCCGCGACAGAUCAAGCAGAGCCCGCAGCCGUUGCCCAGGAAGAAGAGCAAAGAGAAGAGCGAGCCAUUCUUUAAAGAUUUCUUCGCGACAAUAAAGCGUCAGUUGACUAACGACAUCCUAAUGUGGCGUACGGCGAGCUCGGUGCUGCAUCUGAUGCCGAUCAGCGGGCUGGUCAGCUUCCUGCCCAAGUACCUGGAGAAGCAGUUCCGGCUGCCGACGCACGACGCCAACCUUGUCUCGGGUUUGGGUGGUAUCCUGAUCAUGGGUCUGGGCAUCAUAACAUCGGGUGUGGUGAUCCUGAAGCUGGUGCCGACGGCGCGCCAGGUCGCCGCCUGGACUGCUGCCUCCGCCGCAAUGUACAGUGCUGGUAUGGUGGUGCUGAUGUUCGUGAGCUGCCCCGAGGAGAGUUUCCGCAUGCUGAGCGAGAGCGGCGUCACCAGCAACCUGUCGUGCAGCGCCGCCUGCAACUGCGACGGCGCGCCCUACAGCCCCGUCUGCGGACAGGACUCGUUCACGUACGUGUCGGCGUGCCAGGCGGGCUGCGCGGCCGCGCGCCAGCUCGACAACUCCACCUGGCUCUACUACAACUGCUCCUGCAUCGAGGACCACGAGCGAGGGGAGAAGGCGAUGGCCGUCAUCGAGCGCUACGCGAUGUUGAACUCGUCGGAGGUGCUGGGUGGAGGUGGAGGCGGAGGCGGAGGCGGUGUGGUGGGAGGCGGAGGCGGAGGCGGAGGCGGGCUGGCGGUGAGCGGGGAGUGCGGCGGGCCGUGCGCGCAGCUGUACGUGUUCGUGGCGAUAUUCGCCGCCGCCAUGUUUAUACACGCGACGGGGGAGGUCGGCGCCGUGCUUCUUAUUAUACGAUGCACGGAUAAACAUGACAAGGCGAUGGCGAUGGGCGUGAUCCAGUUCGCCAUCGGCGUGUUCGGCAACGUGCCGUGCCCCAUCCUGUUCGGCGCGGCGGUGGACGCGGCCUGCCGCCUGCGCGACGCCGCCUGCGGCCUGCUCGGCGCCUGCGCCUCCUACGACAACGACAGCCUGCGACACCUCUAUCUAGGUCUCGCAGCUGGUUUGAUGUUCCUCGCAUUCAUAAUGGACAUGCUGGUGUGGAGCAAGGCGGGCCGCAUCGACAUGAAUCCCGCGGAGAACGACGCCGCGCCCCUCGCCAGGCCCCACGCGCCCCACGAGCCCCACGAGCCCCACGCGCACGAGCCCCUCGCACCCCACGCGCCCCACGCACUGCACGCGCCCCACGCACCCGACACGCAGCUCUGACGCACGCACUACGAGUCACACUUCUGAACUAAUAUAACCCUUACACUAAAGGGAAUAAGGUCCAUUAUACCUUGCUACUAAAUGCAAUUAAAAUUGCAGUACUUUUUAAUUCUGGCCAUAAUACGAGUCACAUUUAUGAAUAUAAUCUUUAUACUAAAGGCGAUAAGGUCCAUUAUAGUUUGUUACUAAAUCUGGCCAUACUAUGCCUUUAAUGGGUUGUUUGCACGGAGAUAUUUAAUGCUGAUCGUUUUAGCUAAAUUUUAUUAACGUUACUAGGAUUUUAGUAUUUGUUGUGUGUCUACACCAAUUAUGUAUGAAGAUACAUAGAUUGCAAUCUGCAAUAUAUUCGUUAUUAAAUACCCGAUGCGUAUAAUUUUAUACACAAUUUAAUUUCACCCCUAUUGAGUUGUAGGGUUGAAAUGCAUAUGAAAUUUAAAUAUUUUCCUGUAAUAAAAAGUAACACAAAUGUAAUGGCCAGUUUUGAAGACCUUUAUUUGAAUAGACAAGAAAUGAGAUCGAAAUUUUUUUUUUACAUUUUUUUUUCAAGUAGCAUUUUUUGCAUGUAAAUAUUCAGUGGUUUUUUAAUACCACUUAUGCCAAAGUAGUUAUUCAUCACAACUGUCAUCACAUAUUAAUGCAUAAUACUUUAGUCGAUUUUUUUAUAUUUUUUUUUUAAAAACUAUGUUUAUGAAAUCUAUUGCACGUUAGUGCGUUUUAUUCUAAUGCUUUACAUUAUUCCAGUCCAGUGAUCGACCACUGCGCUAGAUUAUAACUUAAAGUGACAUUCCAGUUAUAAUCCAGCGAUGAUCUUGAUCGCUGGACUGGUACAAUGUAAACCAGAUAUAAAAUUAAAGUCAUAAUAAACAGGUUUUAUAAUGCAUUUUUAACUUCGGCUUUCUUUACAAGUCGCUUACGAAAAAAUGUUUGCAUCACAAUAGAUAUAAGGGAUGUUAGAAUAAUAUUAAAAUAACAAUUUUCUGAAUCACAAGAUAUGUUUUAAUUUGUUUUAACGUAUAAAACAUAAUAGGUAAACGUAAGAUAUGUGUCUAAGGGCCUGUCCCACCAAAUUUUAAAUUGUGUAAUAACAAUCCAAUGUGUAAAAUAUGUGAUGGAAAUCGGAUUU